UUGGCUUCUCCAGACAAAGUCUGGUAGUGGGUAUCCGUGGGAUAGCAAGUGGAACAUUCGAGUACACCUGUACUGCGACCAACAACAAUGAAGAUGCUUCUGCUUCUAUACCAGUUACUCUUGAAAUACCAGCUCUGGAAGAUCCUACUGUGUCGAGUUAUGUUCGAUUUUCAAUCAUUGGCAGUUUGGAGCCCAUACCGUCUGAUGUGCUCAUCAACAGUGUUGCUUUGUCAUCAAUAGAUGUGGAAAAAGAAGGCUACCAAGAAUUCAAUUGCAAAAGGUAUCAAUGAAUAUCUAAUGGACUAACAUUCAUCUGGUAUAACUACUCUAGACUUGGAAACGAGCCAAUAAGAAUUGAAUGUCUAUUCAACAACUACAACAGCAGCCAAUCGCUGGACUCUGCUAAAUUGAAGGAAGUUCUAGUGAAUGAAGGCAUCAUUUCACCCAUCGAAAUCAUUCUUGAAGCAGAUAAGGGGUUCUGCGAUACCAAUUCCACAACUAACAAGACGUAUGGAGAACACACAUGGCCGGAAACCAGUGUCGGAGACACAAGUCAAGUACAAUGUGCCUUUGGACCACCUAACACGACUGCCCAACGAGACUGUUUGUCUCGGGAGGGAGACAGUGGAGUGACGUCAGAGACUAUAGUGAUUGCUACACCAUGAUCACAAUGAUGUAUCAAGGAUUCGAAGUGGAGAAUGUAGUGGAGGAUAAUGUUGUCGUAAUGAUAGCUGAAUUUGCAGGACUGGUGGAUAUGACAGAUGACACCAUUGACCAAUCUCGCAGAAACUUUGAAGUGAUUACAAAUGUACUCAACGCCACCAGUAAUAUUGUCAACAACGCUGCCCUCAAUGAUACAGAUCUGGGACAGGUUGUUAGGUCGGUGUCAAGUAUAAUAGAUGAUCUGCAAGUCUGGGAGGAAGACGAAAUUCAGAUGACAAAUAACAUAAAUGUGGUGGAAGUGUUAGAAAAUGUGGCAAAUGCUCUGGCGGUAAAUCAAGAGAUUGGAACCGAAGAAAACGUUACAGUGUUACGUUUUGAGGGCGAUACAUCUGCCCUACUUGUGGAAAGAAACAACAUAGAGCAGCUCCAAACAAGUGGAAGAGAAUUUGGUGCCACAAGAAACGACACAGGCAUUACCACACUGCCAGGAGUAACUGAUGGCGUCCUGGCCUCAAUACAGCUCCCAGGGAGCUUGUUUAGCACUGACAGGGUCACUAACAAUUCUGUUGGUAGAGGGGUUGGAUUGGUGUUUUCUUUCUUCGAGACCCCCGUCCUCUUUCCUCUGGCCGAUGGGACUCGUGUAGACCUACAGAUUCGUACUUCAGUCAUUGGCGCACUGAUUGGUGGUAUACCUAACAUAUCAGACCUUCUGGACCCCAUUAUAAUCACCUUUCAAUUGGAAAUCAACACAGAGGAUGAAGUGGCUGAAAAUGCAGCAUGUGUCAGCUGGGAUUUUGAAGCUUCGGGUGGUGUAGGGAACUGGACAGAUAGAGGAUGCAACACAACCCUGGACAGGGUGUCCAGAACCGUUAAAUGCAACUGCAGUCAUCUAACAAACUUUGCUGCAUUAGUUGAUGUAUGCUCCAGAACUGAGGGAGACUGUGAACAAUCUAAAGUUGAUAAGACAGCUCUUGAGAUCAUUUCCUACGUCGGUGUUUCUCUCUCAAUCUUUGGGCUCAUAAUUACCAUAAUUACAAUGCUGGUUUUCAGUAAACUUCGAAAACGAGAUGCCUCAAAGUUCCACAUACAACUGAGUCUAGCUCUACUGGGCAUGCUGGUGGUGUUUGCGGUGGGCAUCGAUAGGACUGAAGUGUUUGAGGGCUGUGUGACAGUCUCGGUCCUCAUCCACUACUUCACUCUGGUGGCUGUCAUGUGGAUGGGGGCAGAGGCACUGCUCAUGUUCCAGAAGCUGGUCAUUGUCUUUGUCCAGAUCACCACUCGCUACAUCGUCAUUGUCUCUCUUGUCUGUUGGUUGGCUCCUCUACUCCCUGUGAUAAUCUCUGUCUCAAUUGACCCACGGUUCAUGGUGUCUGAAGAGCCUGAUUUGUAAGUAGCUAAUACCUAGGUGGCAUUGCUAGUGAUCAUGCCUUUAUUUCAGUUGUUUCAUUGGAGAGCCUGGAGUGCUGUUUGGUGCCUUCCUGGUGCCCAUUCUGGCCAUCCUAGUCUUCAACACUAUUGUGUUUGUGAUUGUGAUCAGAGUGCUGUUUAAGCACUCCAGAAAAAAGCAUGGCAACCGGGACAUAAAGGAGGUCAAUACUGUCAGACAAAUGCUCAUCAGUAGCUUUGGGAUCAUAUGCCUGUUUGGUUUGUCGUGGGCUUUUGGUGCACUCACAAUAUCGGCCGCUUCAGUGGUGUUCCAGUAUCUCUUUGCGAUAUUCACCUCACUCCAAGGCUUCUUCAUAUUCCUCUUCUUCUGUGUGUUGGGAAAAGAAGCACGCGAGUCGUGGUUGCAGCUGCUAUGUCGUGGACGCAAACUGCCCUGGUUCACCUCUACAAUCAGUCAACAGAAGACACCUGGUGUAUCAACCAGUGGAAUCUCAAGUGGGGGAACCGGAACAACUAC